AUGUCGAACCCAAGAAUAGAAGAGCUCCCUGACGAUGAGCCCACCAAGAAUACCCAAGCCGAUGAUGCGUCCAGCUCAUCAGACUCCGAAGCCGAAGGUGCUGGAGAAGGUGAAGCCUCUAUCCCAGCUGGAUCAGCAGUCGCAGUCCAUAGCCGAAAUGAAAAGAAGGCACGCAAGGCCAUUGGCAAGCUGGGUUUGAAGCACGUCCCAGGCAUUACCCGUGUUACCUUGAGAAGACCAAAGGGAGUUCUCUUCGUGAUCUCCAACCCUGACGUCUACCGAUCCCCCACCAGCAACACCUGGAUCAUCUUCGGUGAAGCCAAGAUCGAAGACCUCAACUCCCAGUCGCAAGCUGCCGCUGCUCAACAACUUGCCGCUGCCGAAGCCGCCAACGCUGAGCACGCCGGCCACGACCACUCGCACGACCACGGAAAGGGCAAGGAACCUGAGAAGAAGGCCGAGGAGGAUGAAGACGACGACGAGGAGGUCGACGACAGUGGACUUGAAGCAAAGGACAUUGAACUCGUCAUGACGCAAGCAUCCGUGUCACGAAAGAAGGCCGUCAAAGCACUCAAGGAGAAUGGCAACGAUAUAGUCAACUCCAUCAUGGCGCUAAGUGUAUGA